AUGUACGAGAUACCCGUUCUCCUGCUUCUUCCGCUGUUUCGACUUGUGAUAAUAGUGGUUUUCGCAUCUGCUGCGACUCAUAAAGAAGAUACGAUUCCAGCCCAAGUUGUGUUUACAGUCGACUUUUUCGACGCUGUUUACCUAGUCACUUCUUUACAAAGUGUGUCGUCACUAGCUCUUGGUGCCGUCAUGGCUGUUGAUCUACUACAGACAGCAACUGAACUUCACGAACUUCAUCGACAAACGAGACGUAUUUUAUCCAGACUUUACGUUCAAGGACACUCGACAGAUUCUAGGAAUUUCAAUUUACUCGUGGCAAUGCGAGAAUUGUGCAGCUCCGACGUAUUGGAUCAAUGUGGACUUAAUUUGAAGAAAAUCCAAGUACGUUCGUGCAUUGACCACCGCCUGUCCGAAGAGGGCAGAUCGCUACUUAGUAGACUCGAGCGGAUUUCAGCUACCAGAUCAGCGGCGAGCUCAAUUCCACAUAAUCUUAACACAUCUUCACGGAUCAGCUCCAGAGUUACUUCAGAGGAUCCAGGCAAUUCAUGGGACUGGAUUAGGUGCUGCGUUCGGAGAAUCAAUACAGUCGCACCACUUACUGCGCAACCAAACUCACCGUGUAUAGAGGAAAUCCCACCUAAGUUCGCUCGAAAGAUCGAGAGUAGAAUUGCAACCCAAGCGGAGAAAUCGAUCAUUGUUCAAGAAGCGCUCCAAGUUCUCUUCACGUCGGAGUGCCUUAUUCUUUCCGAGUAUUUGGAAAUUUUCGUUCCUACGGUCUAUGGUGCAUUCGUUCUCGCAAUGGCUCAUUCCCCCAACGCUCAGUAUCAUACAGAUUUGGCCAGUGUGACGCGUGACAAUGUUGAAGGAAUCGUCUCUCGAAUAUUUGUUUAUGUUUUAAUGGAGCUCGUAUCUUUCGUUGUGCUAGCUGUAAUCACACAGCGAAAUUGCGGAAUCAACGCGCUGUAUCAGCUGGCAUUUGUGUUGGAGACCCAAAUGCUCUUUGUCCAGUCGACGUUGGUGAUGUGGAUAUUGAUGACCCUGACGUAUCGAGUUACUCAUUUUGGUAAGUCGGGUUUGCAGAUGUCAUUUUGUAGGUGA